AUUGACGUCCUUCCCCUUGGGCAAACUGGUCAAUAUGUCAUUAAAUUCAACCACGGUCAAUACCCGCAGAGGUAUUGCUUCAAGCAGGAGAGAAAUACUUAACCUUUCCUCAUCUGCGAGACCAAGCGCCUUGCGGAGAAAACAAGCCUCUAAAAAACAGUCCCCACUGGAUUCUCCGACGAAUGACAACGUCAGUGGAAACGCUGGUUCGUGCCGUUAUGACAGUUCUCUCGGUCUCCUCACGAAGAAAUUUGUGAAUCUAUUAAAGGAAGCAAAGGAUGGAGAUUUGGACUUGAAUACGGCGGCCACUGCGUUACAGGUUCAAAAGCGCAGAAUAUACGAUAUUACCAACGUAUUGGAAGGAAUUGGCUUGAUUGAAAAAAACACGAAAAAUCAUGUUCGUUGGAAGGGAGCACAACGGCAGCAAUCUGCAUAUUCAAUUCGCCAAGAUUACAAACAAAAGAUCGAAGAACUUCGGGCUGCAAAUGCUAAUCUCGAAUCAGAGAGGUUAGAACUGGAAAAGGCUGAUCUGGAUGUGGAUAUCAGCAUCAAAAGUAUAUACGAAACUGAUGAAAGUCCGAGAUUGGCAUUCGUGUACCAAUCGGAAAUUGAGAAUAUCGAGUCCUUACACGGAGAUAUUCUUAUUGCGGUUUCUGAUGCACCAUUGCACAUAACUGAAGCAGUUGAGAUCCACAUACAACCAUCGAAUAAUCCGCCAGUUCAUAUUUUUCCACUCACGGAUAAUAGCUCGGGACGUAACCUCAACGUCUCGGAUGGUCAUUAUCCGCGUACAUUUCUACAUCAACCCAGUCCGCCAUUAAAU